UUACGAUAUAGGUUAAUGUGUAUGCAAAUAUGUUGCCGGGUGUAUGAGAAGUCAUCAGCAUUGCACAUUUAAUGUUGUUUCGCUGAGACGUUGGAUUAAAAGGUAAUUGACGUUUGAGAAAUUUUGCUUGAUUUUCCUGAUAUUUCUGGGUUCUCUAAGCAUGAAAAUGAUAGAAGAAAGUGAUGAUCAACCGUCUUCGAAACGGUACAUCAAUGAGGAUAUUUCAGACGAAUCAACACCGCGUGUAACCUGGAGUAGCACACUAGAAUUUGUUGUUUCCCUGAUAGGUUACGCGACCGGGAUGUCGGAUUUCUGGAGAUUUCCUUAUCUUGUAUGGAGAAAUGGAGGAGGUGCGUUCCUGAUUGCCUACACAAUAACUAUGAUUACUUGUGGUGUACCCCUCUACUUUCUCGAAAUCUUCCUUGGACAAUAUUCGGGAAAAGGAGUGUUUGAAAUAUGGGCAUUUUUCCCUCUCUUCAAAGGUAUUGGAAUCUCCAUCGCCCUGCUGAAUUUAUGCUACGUCAGCUAUGUAUCUACAAUGCGCUACUGGCUGCUAGAGUAUUUGAGGCAGUCAUUCACUACUGAGCUACCAUGGACCUCUUGUGGGAACACAUGGAACACUAAUUCAUGUGUAGUGUCGCACACGCUCUUGUCAUCGAGUACUAAUGGCAGUCAAUGGAAUUCCACGGGAAGUGCCACCAUUUACCAGGACUACACCACUAAAGUUACAGCAGAAGAAGAAUUUUGGCAGCACAAUAUCCUAUCCCUAUCAGGCGGUAUAGACGAGGUGGGAUCUCUGCGCUGGACUCUUGUGUUAUGGACAAUACUUCUCAAAGUGAUUGUAAUUAUAGGUCUUUUGAAGAGCGUGAAGACCAUCGGAAAGCUGAUGCUUGUAACGACAUUCUUCCCUCCUCUUAUUGGAUUGGCGAUGUUGAUUCAAGCGUUAUCUCAAAAUGGCGCGAAAGAUGGCCUUCUCUACUUGAUUACACCAGAUUUUACCAAACUGGCGACCUCAAAGGUAUGGAUAGAGUCUACUUUCAUGGCCUUUUACAGCCUUGGUCCAGGCUGGGGCGGUGUAAUGGUGAUGGGAAGUCAUAUGAAAUUCCACAAAAACUGCCUCAGAAAUGUGCUGCUCGGCAUCUUUGGUGACCUAUUUAUAGCGCUAUUCAGCAGCGUCGUCCUGUUCUCUGUCAUCGGUGUGAUGGCGAACGAAAUGGUUGUUCCGGUUGAGGAAAUUGUUAAGUCUGGCAUGUCUAUCGGACUUGUAGGAUACAGUCGGGCAUUAGCUUAUCUCCCUUUUCCGUAUGUCUGGGCUGUGGUAUUCUUCCUUGCUGUCACUAUUGUAGGACUCGACGCACAGGUUGUGUGCACAGAGACGGUGGUAUCAUUCCUGGAAGGAUUCGGUAAUAGAUUAGGUCGGCACCGACGCGUACUUUUAGUUGUCCUGAUAAACGCCGUGAUGCUUGUCCUGAAUCUUCCUUUUUGCACACAGGCGGGACCGUACAUGUUCCAGCUUGUGGAUUGGUAUUUGCCAACUUGGUCGGUGGUAGUGAUAGCCUUAUUAGAGGUUAUCGCCAUCAUGUGGUUUUAUGGAGGUGAUCGUGUUGACUGUGGUUUACAAGAAAUGAUAGGGCGAAAAUUGCCUCACGUAUUCCGACUAGCUGCAGCUUAUAUUUCACCGGUCAUGUUUCUAUUGCUUCUCCUGAUUAGCUUUGUCAAGUACCGACCUCCGAAGUACGGCUCGUAUGAAUAUCCGGAGUACACACGUGUGAUUGGCUGGGUGAUCUCGUGUUCUGUUGUCAUCCCCAUACCCCUAUAUAUAGUCUGGAAAUUCAAUAAAUUAAAUGGAACACUGAAGCAGAAAUGGACAAAUCUUACACAACCGAGUUGUGACUGGGGUCCUAGUGAGAGUGCAAAGCGACGAGAGUACCUGGACUGCUCACAGACUGAGCGGACAUGGACAGACAUAGCCUACUACAACCUGACUGGCCAGAGGAGAUAUCCUACAAAGAAACGUUGUGAAGCGGUGCCAUUAUAUUGACUAUUCACCAUAUUUGGCUCGAUUCCUUAAUUGUAUUGACUUUAUUUCUUGCACUUAUGGGGUUAUAUUUCCGUUCUUCAGUCCGCCAACACUCGUUUUAGGAUAUAUUUCUAGAAUGAUAGACUACUAGUUGCUUCACUGCCAUGUGCUGGUCUAGAUUAAAGAUUGCUACUCUUAUCUAGAUUUAUAAAGAGAUAUAUAUAUAUAUAUAUAUAUAUAUAAUGAAUAUAAUGAAGUUAAGUCCUUCGAAUGAUAAAUAUAAGAAAAAUAAAACAAAUAGUUUUACCGCAGGGUCUUUCUGCCGUCUUUGGCUUGUUUAGGCGGAAGAAACCGAGGAGGGCAGGAAAGCCUCGAAUACUUUCCUUCAUUUUAUAUGGGAACCUAUCCGAAUUUAAACACAUAUCACUAUUAAGAUCGUGUUAUAGUUUAAAUUAGAUUGCUUUUCGUUUCAAUCUAUUUUGUUAAUAAUUUCUUAGUCAGGCACUCGUUCUAAAUCGCAGUAUCGCAUUGGUAAUUUAGCGUCAUCUAAAUUUUCGGUUAAGCCCGUGACAUGUAUAUUGUGGAAAAAUAUUACCAAUCUAAUCACAUGCAUUCUCUAAAACCAUUAUCACAAUACGUAUAUGUUAUCAUUAAUUACGUUUUAAGGAAAUCAUUCAAACGUUGCUGUGCUCAAUUUUACUGUUUUACUUCAACACGAUGUUAACCAAACUAAAGAUCUGACUAUGUUUGCAUUAAAAUCAAUUAUGCAAGGC